AUGUCACCCAUAGUUCAACUCUCCCUCCGAUUAAAACGCACAGCUGUUGGAGGUGAUUGUCUCAAUCAUUCAUGUAACAAAGGAUCCAUCUGUAAACAGGGUGAAUGUGUUCAAGUUUUACGAGGAAACAAUGCCAUUCACACCUUAACUAAAGAUGGGAACCAGGAACUUCGGAUUGAGCUUCAGCGUUUUAAUGGAGAAAAGGCUUUUGCUCAAUAUUCUACGUUUUCGCUCGGAAGUGAGGACACAUAUUUUAAACUGUAUGUGUCUGGGUAUUCCGGAACAGCAGGUGACAGUUUGGCUUAUCAUAAUAAAAAAAGAUUUUCUACUAAAGACAACGACGCUGCAUAUAGUGGGCGACGCUGUGCAACGGAGCGCCAUGGUGCUUGGUGGUACUAUUAUUGUAGUUACUCAAAUCUAAAUGCAAAAUAUAGAGACUCAGUCGAGGAAAAAGGACCAAAAUACAUGAUAUGGAAUUCUUGGAAAGGAGGAGGACCACUUAAAGAAACAAUGAUGAUGAUAAGAGGAACUCAUUGA